UAUUCUAUGCCCAAAAAAAUCAACAAAAAAAUAAAAAGUGGAAAGAAAAAAGUUGGAAAAAAGGGGGCUAAAAAGAAAGUAAAGAAGGUAAGCAAUUCUACACAUGAAACCAAAAGUACGAAGACAAAACUUGAAUUGAGUAUCAAUAAAUAUUUGAAUACUCCCGGAAAGUAUAAGGAACUGAUGUGUGCGGCAGACAAGUGGUUAACGAAGUAUCGUGACGAACUCGUCGAUCUGCUCAAGUUACACUCCAAUUACACACAGGACUGUGUAACAUAUGACGACUUUAAAGCCGGUACGUUUCGAUCGGGCGAACAAUUGUUGGAAAAAGAGGCUGAAUCUCAAACUAUACCGUCGCCUUUGUUGAGUCAAGAUCGUGGAUGGAUUCUGGGCUAUUUUCACUGUAUCACUUGUCUCGUAUUGGAGAAUCAUCCAUUUCACUUCCAACAACUAUUGCCCUUGAAUACCUAUACUGAGGGUGUCAUUGAAAUAAUCAGACGUCACACGAGAUUAUGCACUCCGACAAUUCAUGUUUAUUUGGAGGAGUCAGCAAGCGAAUCAUCCGCUCUGGCCAAACAGCUCAUGCUUACUGAUCAAGGUUUGGUCGGUGGUCCGGAGUGGAGUCCGACUGAAGUGCAUUUCUACUACAGACCAGGUGGUUAUGCUCAGUCCGACUGGUCACCCACUCCGUUGUGCGAUUUCCUCCGCGUUGCUCAUGAUCCAUUACUCUGGUCACAAAUGAUUUUAGACGGGAUUGCGCAUGAGGAACGAGUGCGACGUCAGAUGAAUGCGUUGAGUCUGAAUGAAUCUGAAACAACGAGAAUAUUGACGAAAGAACAGCAACAACAACAACAAACUGACAUCUGA